CGUAGCGAAACCGCGCGGCAUCUGUCCACGUCAGAUUGCACGGCCUCGCACGCCACACGCGCGGUUUUCCUGUGGACGUGACUCGCCGACGGCGCGGCCCGCUCGAAACCUCGUGGCAGUCGAUGAGGGAAACGUUCACGCAGAUGACAAGCUACCUGGACAUUUCCUAGCGUAAACAAGUGCAACGAAGAUGCAUUGGACACUGUGCGCGUUGAUAAUCGGGUCGUUCGGCUGCAAAUACAUCCUCGGCCAGGCGCAAAGGGUGGCGCCGGGCGUACCGCCUCAGCAUUAUCAGCAGCCUCAGGUACCCCAACAUGCGCAGCAUGUGCCGCAGCAGCAGUAUCAAGUACCAGUACAGCAACAAGUCCCCGUUCAGCAAGUACCGAUGCAACAGCAAGUACCCAUGCAGCAGCAGGUACCUGUGCAGCAGCAGGUACCCAUGCAGCAGCAGGUACCGGUGCAACAACAAGUACCAGUACAACAUGCUGGUCACCAACCCCACGGGCAUGGUCAUAAUGGGCCACCUCAGUUACUUAACACUGCCAACAUAGCGCAUGAAAAAGAACACAUUGCCGAGCAUGCUGACGUUCCGAUAGACACCAGCAAGAUGACAGAUCAGGAGCUGCAGUUUCACUACUUCAAAAUGCACGACGCAGAUAACAACAAUAAGUUAGAUGGUUGUGAGCUGAUCAAAUCUCUCAUACAUUGGCAUGAACAAGGUAGCUCGGAAUCUGGUGCGCAAGGCGAGAAUAAAUUGUUCAAGGAUGAGGAAUUAGUGCAAUUGAUAGACCCGAUACUCAGCAUGGACGACAGUAAUAAUGACGGUUAUAUCGAUUACCCGGAGUUUAUUCGUGCCCAACAAAACGCCGCAGCUAAUGUACGCACGUAGUGGUGAAUCAAAAUCUGGUAUGAACCGCAACUAAAAGGAAUUUUGCAAAGUCGAAGGAACAUAAUGCAGGGAAUGUUAGAGUUUCAUUAAGGUUUCACGAUGCAUUAUCGAUUCAUCAUUUGUUCCAUAUGUACAUGAUGAGACCGAAUCGGUAUUUGUGAUAGUCCAUCCUUUAUUGACUAAUUAUGAGUUACAAAUAAGAAAAAAAAAGAACAUUGAUGAAUAUGGAAAAGAGAGGGAACUUUUUUUUAUAUUAAUGUUAUACACGUAUAGACAAUACAUAAUUUGAAAAAUUGUAUAAUUGAAAAUAGUAUAGUACAAUUAAUGAAAUAAUUGAGGAGUAUAAAAUUCCUCUUAAUUGUUUACGUUCGACGAGAUUAAUUUUUACAAUGGAAGUGUUUAUUGCGCGUCAUAAUUUUCUAUCGUUGAAUUUUUUUAUAAUGAUACACCAGAAGACUAUUUUUUGAACGAGAAUAUUUUAUAGAAUAUCUCGGAAUAUCUUUGUUAAUAAAUAAAAUGGGUUAGUUUAUCAAUUUCUUAUCAUUGUUGAACAUGAAAUAAUUGUAAAGUAAGUUUACAAAAAAAAAAUGUAUUAAGAUAAUAAAUGUUUCGUUUUCUAGUAAAUAUUUCUGAGUAAAUACUGAUAAGGCA